CCCCUUAUCGCGGCCGAGACGUCAGUGGCUGUGUUUUCUUUGCCGUGCGAAUUUCACGGAGUGCGAGGUGUGGAGCAGGGGAGCGCGCAGCGCGGCCAGGGAGCUGUGGAAAGUGACACUUCUUGUGUGUGUUAUCAAUUUUGCGAACGUGCAAAACUUGAUCUCGAUCGCGUUUCGCUUGUGCCGUGCCUUUUGUGUGAAGAACUAAUUUUCGGUUUCGUGACCCACCGAUUCUGGAGUUGCAGGAGCAGUGCUUCGCCUCAGGGUAGCCGUCAUCGUUGCCGUUGUUGCGGUUGGUGUGAGGAAAUUCAGACGUGUCCUUUCCACGGAGACCGCGAAGGCGUCUUGGGAUUUGACAGGAUUUCGGGUACAAUAAUAUGACUCAUCAGACUACUUGAGGCAUUCAGGGAGGUAUUUCCUUAUGCUUUAAACCAUCGGGUUUACAAGGUGCCGUUUGAUAAACAGAUCCGGUGUCCUCUCCGCUCGUCGUGACAAUCGACAAAAAACUGACUGCACAUCAUCUACAUCAGAUUAUGGACAAAGAUCGAAGCAUUAAAUUUAGUAUUAGCAGCAGCAGUAGCAGCCGUAGUAAACAUUCGAAAAAGUCCAGUAAAAAAUCAAAAAAGCGACAUCGCUCUCGUGAUUCGGAAACAGAAGAAUCAAAACGUCCCAUAUCAUCACUAGUCGAAUAUUCUGACGUUAGUUCUGAGGAUUUCUCUGCGCCUGAGGCCGGAGAGAUUAACACCGAAGAAAGUGUAUCUUUGAGCGAUGCUGACAGAGAGCCCAAAGAUCCGGCAGCGAUUGCUAAACGAGCCACAACAACAGCUCCCACGAAAACGGCUGCAGUCGAAGAUGAACUCGACGAGGAGCAACGAAAUGCUCAACUUGAAAUGGAACGAAGUAUCGCGAAAAUGUCACCGGGUCAGGUGAGGAGAAUGAUAAUUGGCUCACCGAUCAAUUCAUCAUCGAACUCAUCAAUACAGAAGUCAGCAACUCGAAGCCCCAAAAGAUUGGACGACGUGGCUCAACCGGCGGCAGAACCGCUAUCAUCAUCGGAAUCUCUGGAUGACGACGACAUGAGUGGGCGGAAGCGAAAGAAACUUAAAAAAGACAAAAAGCAUAAAAAGAAGAACAAGACGAAAAAACGGAAAAAGCGCCGACAAAAGUCUGUAUCUAGUAUUGAGACAAUUUCGGACAACGAUUCCGUUUUGGACGAAACAAAUUUCACCCCGCCAAUUACAAAACAAAAUUCCCCGGCCGAAUGGGAUCGGACGUAUACGCCGCUAAAAGAAACAAGUCCUGUUUCAAUAGGCACUCCACCCCUGAGGCCUGGUAGCAACGCUAGUAUAUAUUCAGAUGCGACUGUGGCUCACCCACCGUCCACACUACAGCCUAGAAAUCGCACUCCAACCUCAUCGACGCAUCAUCGAACGCCUCCGUCGCGACCGAUCAUUCCGUCUAGCGGUGGAAAUAGUAGUACUAAAAAACAAUCGCAUGGCAAUUAUAUUGCAUCGCCUCAUACGCCUCCAUUAGCUGUAAGUCAUCAAAAAUCAAAAUCUUCAUCAAAUUAUCAAAGUCCGGCGAAUAAUGAUGAUAUGAUUGUGGAUCGACAUCAUCAUCAUAUGUCGUCGUCUUCGUCUUCUGGACAUGCCCAUCAUCAUCAUAGUCAUCAUCACUAUCACCAUCAUCAUUCGUCGCACAAUUCAGGUAGCGAACAAUCUAGCCGACGAAUUACAGUGUCGCCUGUUCAACCAGAACGUCGCAUGUACCAUCACAGCAGUACUCCGCCACUGAAAAGGCGGAGAACUCGAGAGCGAUCCUAUGAUGGGGGUAGCAGAGAUAAGUAUCAUGUAUCAAGGCGGGAGGAUGAUUAUCGUGAUAGGGACCGAGAUCGUGAGCGUGAUCGAAAUCGAGAUCGUGACAGAGAUCGAGAUCGCGAUCGGGAUCGAAAAUAUCAUGAUAAAGACUACGAUAGAAACUAUGACAGGCAUAGGGAUCAAAAAUAUUCAUCUACGUCUAGGAAAUAUUCCAGAAGUCCAAGUAAUCCUCCAUCAGCCCACAAGCGUCGUUCCAGAUCGAUAUCAUAUAAACGGCAUCCCGACAGUGUAUCCCCGGACCGAUCGAGAUCCUCGAAACGUACAUCUCGUUCGCCGCGGCAUCGUCGUUCAACUAGUCGAUCGUCAUCAUCACCGGACGCGAAAAGAAGUCGAUUUGGUGGUUACGAGAAGAAAAUUAGCGAUAAAAUCAGUGACACUAGUUUAUUUGCGGAAUUGGUUAAAGAUAAGCACAAGAGAAAGAAAGCCUUACAGGUACUUGAAAUUCUGGAACGUCAGGAGGAAAGCAAUGGCGGAACAAAUGAUAAUAGCUGCUCGAAUGAUGACAUGUCAUUGCCAAAGUCUAACGAUCAGCCAGUUGCAAAUGGAGUGAAAGUAGGCAAUAAUCAGACAUCGUUAGAUUUAGUGAACAUUCCUAUGCCAAAAGUCGACACGGCGAAUACGAAUAGCAACGUGAACGCCGAUGCAACCGAUGGCUCUGCCCCUCUUCCACCGCAACCCAGUAUCGGUGACGAGGCACCAGUUAAUAAUAAUCUAAACUCUAAUAGCAAAGAAAUCAAUUCAGAGAACUCUAAGACCAAAGUCAAUAUUACUUUAAGCAAAUCGAAAAGCCUUACAAAACUACCCAUGCCACCGGGUGUAAAUGUGGCCGAAUUGGCCAACGCACCUACGCCCAGUCCUCCGCGUUCCGACGAUUUGGAUGACGAAAGCCCCAUAAAACCCUCGUUCAAAUUAAACACAACUAAUAAAACGACAAAUUCAUUAACAACGGUCUCGGCUGCGGUGGCGAACAAUAAUAAUAGUAGCUCCUCGUUAACGACACCAACGGCAGCGAAAAAAGGCCUAUUGAAUUUACCAAUGCCACCAAUGGUGCCUGGCAGUGAGGAGUUGAGCGGCGACGAGGAUAUCGGAAGUCCGUCAGACUUUACAAAAGACACAGAUAAAUCUAUUGUAAAUAGUAGUACAAAGGAGAAGCCGAAACCAAAACGUCCGACGAUUUUAAAUCGUCGCAGUUCCCGGGCGAAUGUCCGUGAUUGGGGCGAGCGGUGCGUCGAUGUUUUCGAGGUGAUUGCUCAAAUCGGUGAAGGUACUUAUGGUCAGGUAUAUAAGGCUCGUGAUAACCACACCAAUGAAUAUGUAGCUCUCAAAAAGGUGCGUUUGGAACAUGAGAAAGAAGGUUUUCCCAUAACGGCCGUGCGCGAGAUAAAAAUUCUACGCCAAUUGAAUCAUAAAAAUAUUGUUAAUCUUAGAGAGAUAGUUACGGAUAAACAAGAUGCCUUAGAAUUUCGAAAGGAUAAAGGUUCCUUCUAUUUAGUAUUUGAAUAUAUGGAUCAUGAUUUGAUGGGAUUACUGGAGUCCGGUAUGGUUGACUUCAAUGAGGAUAACAAUGCAAGCAUUAUGAGACAGCUUCUGGACGGACUGAAUUACUGCCAUAAGAAGAACUUUCUCCAUCGCGAUAUAAAAUGUUCGAAUAUAUUAAUGAAUAAUAAGGGUGAAGUCAAACUGGCUGAUUUCGGUCUAGCUCGACUCUACAAUGCUGAAGAUCGUGAACGGCCGUAUACGAACAAAGUGAUCACAUUAUGGUAUCGCCCGCCUGAAUUACUAUUAGGAGAGGAACGUUACGGACCUGCAAUUGAUGUUUGGAGUUGUGGCUGUAUUCUAGGUGAAUUAUUUUCCAAACGGCCACUGUUUCAAGCGAACUUUGAAAUGCAACAACUGGAGACGAUAUCACGUGUGUGCGGUACACCAACUCCUGCUGUAUGGCCAUCGGUAAUAAAGCUUCCACUGUUCUCAACGCUGAAACCAAAAAAGCCAUAUCGACGUCGAUUACGUGAAGAUUUUGAAUUUAUGCCUGUACCGGCUUUGGAUUUGUUGGAUAAGAUGUUAGAAUUGGAUCCGGAUAAAAGGAUAACAGCUGAAGAUGCUCUCAAGUCGCCGUGGUUGAAGAAUGUCAAUCCAGAAAGCAUGCCCGUGCCUAAAUUACCAACAUGGCAAGAUUGUCAUGAACUCUGGAGUAAAAAGCGACGACGACAAUUGCGCGAGCAACAGGAAGCUUUACCACCUGGCAAACCGGCAUCUUUAAAACUAAUUAAUGAAGGUGAUAUUGUGCAGUAAAUUAAUAACAAAAUGAAACCAACAAAAAAAAAACAAUUUACAAAACUAAAGCAAGGAAAAAUAAAACUAAAAAAAAAUAUAAAAAAUUAAUUUUAUAUAUUAUUAAUAUAAAAACAAUAAGUUAAAAUAAUAAAAUAAAAAUACUUUAUAGUUAGUUAUUACAUAACAAAUGUGAAUUAUAUAUGAAGAAAUCGAAACCAGAAUACUAUUAUUAAAAUAUUGGUAAUAAAAUUAAUGAGAGAAAGGAAUUUUAUGUAAAUUGUAUUGAACCGAUAACUGUAAAAAGCAUAAUUUAGGCCAAGGCUCUUAUACAACCCCCCACCCUCGGCAAUGCGAUUUCUGCGUUUUAAUAUUUUCAUUUCGAGGCGAGCGAUCCAUUUUCAUAUUUUCCCCUACGUUCAUAUCUCAUGGAGACCUACAAAGAUCAAUUUUAUGUCUAGACAAAUUCGGCUUUAAUCCUAUUGGAAAAUCACAAAAAAAAAAUGUUUUAAAUGAAUUGUUCCUCUUGAACCAUAAAUCUUUUAUUGGAAAUUCAAGACUUGAUCGUCCUCCGAGUAUUUUAAUUUUGAAAACGUUGAAGGAAGCUGGUAUUCACAUUUUGAUUCCGUUUCAACGAAUCCCUUUGCGUUUAUUCCAACUGAUUUCACGCAACUUAUACUAUGUAAAAUAUGAUAAUUUUUCUAAUGAAAUAUGGAAGUAUCCAAUAAAUACAAGGUAAAAGUGGAAUUAAUAUGUUAGUUGUAAAUUUAUUGCGGGGUAACUAAGUCGGCGUCAGUUCAAGUGCAAGGGCGCGCAGCUAGCAUCUGAUCAAGCUGCGAAACUAACGAUGGAAGCAUGAGAUGUGUAAAUUAUGAACCAAGUAAUUUUGCUGAUGUUGAAACUAAUUUUGUGAAGAAAUGUAAAAAAGAAAUUAUAAAAAAUAUUUACAUAUACGACAACAAACUUUGCCUGGUAAGCAAAAAACUCUAGACUGAAGUAAAAAUGUUUAAAAAGAAACACGAAUCGAGGAUUAAUAUAAAUAGAAAAUAGAAAAAAGGAAUCAAAUAUAUAUGAAUAAAGUAAAUAUCUAACUAUACAACUUUUUUCUUAACCUAUCACGUGAACACGAUAAAGUAAUUCUAUUUAAAUGAAGUAACGGAACAUCUUUUUCUAAUUUGUGUAACAUAGACAUCAGACAAAUGGUACCGACAGUGAUAAGGAUGAAAUAAAUGCGCUCACAUUUUCAGAAAGUCAAAAAUAAGCUAAAUCGAAACUCAAAUGCAAACACCCGACCUCAAAGGAAUAUUUCAUUAAAGUGCUAUUUGUUAUACGAUUUAAUUUUUUUUAUCUAAAUUUCAGUUUUUUCCUUAAAGAACAUUCGUUUUUACGCGAAUGCAAUCGAGUUGCAUUUGUGUUUUUAUUGUUUCUUUUUGUUAGAAUUUACAAUUUAAAAAAAAAAAUGGCAACAAAUCUUUGAUACCAAGUGUGUGCAUACAAUAAUCAACCGGGCUGGUUGGCUCACGAAAGAGAAAUAUAUGUAGAUGUGAAUGUAAUUUUUUAAGUCAUAUAAUUUUGUAAGGCAAUUUCGGUUUUCUAAGUUUUUUUUUUUCUCUUUGUUAUCUUAUUUUAAUUAUUAAUUAUUAUUGUAGUUGUAGAAAACACACUGUGAAGCAAGGACAGCAUAAGAUUGAAAAGCAACAAUAGAACAAGAAAAAACAAAUACACGACGAAUUUGUAGUUAAAAUCAUGUUUCGUGCGUACACAUGUUUUCUCGUUUCCAUAGUCAAAAACAGCCUCGUUCUAUAAGAAAAUUUAUAUAUGACAUAAAUAUGAACUGAAAUGAUUGGAAGAAUAAAAGGUGAGAAUGCGAAUGCAAAUCAAAAUGAAAAGAGUAAA